GGUCUUGUGAUGUUGCCCAGGCUGAUCUGACUCCUGAGCUUGCGCAAUCCUCCCACUCCUGAACACAUGCAAUCCCCCCACCUCAGCCUCCAGAGUAGCUGGGACUACAGGCAGGCCACUGAGACUGGCCUCCAUUAAUUCUUACAGUACAUCAAAGAGAGUGGCGGAGCGCAGUGGCUCAAGCCUGUAAUCCCAGCACAUUGGGAGGCCGAGGCAUGUGGAUCACGAGGUCAGGAGUUGGAGACUAGCCUGGCCAACAUGGUGAAACCCCGUCUCUACUAAAGAUACAAAAAAAUUAGCCGGGCGUGGUGUAUUGAUGUACAUCUUCUGCGUUCAAAAGCAAUUUUUUAAAGCCUCAUAACGUGGUAACAAAAUACUUUGCACAUUACAAAAUUCAGAACACGGAAACAAGAAGCUCGCUUUUUUUUCCCCCCUAUUUCGGUUUGGCCCUUUAGAUUUCCCCUCCCCCACCGGGGCGGGACUUCCCGCCGACUUCUUUCAGGUUCUCAGUUCGGUCCGCCAACUGUCGUAUAAAGGCGCUGCGUCAGGCCAGAGUCCUCACAAAGCGUUGGGUGAGACUUCUCUUUCUCAUCAUGUCUGGCCGCGGCAAAGGCGGGAAGGGUCUUGGUAAAGGCGGCGCUAAGCGCCACCGUAAAGUACUGCGCGACAAUAUCCAGGGCAUCACCAAGCCGGCCAUCCGGCGCCUUGCUCGCCGCGGCGGCGUGAAGCGCAUCUCCGGCCUCAUCUACGAGGAGACUCGCGGGGUGCUUAAGGUGUUCCUGGAGAACGUGAUCCGGGACGCCGUGACCUAUACAGAGCACGCUAAGCGCAAGACGGUCACCGCCAUGGAUGUGGUCUACGCGCUCAAGCGCCAGGGCCGCACCCUCUACGGUUUCGGUGGUUGAGCGUCCUUUUCUAUCAACAAAAGGCCCUUUUCAGGGCCCCCACUUCCUCAGCUGAGGAGCCGUGAUGCUUGUUUGCCCGGUUUCUCUUUACCAUUUGUUCGCGACUGCUGAGUUUGUGCUGCUAUCGGAGCAUGCGUCUCUAGUCGCUGUAAGUAGGCAUCAGUCACUAAUCGCUCUCCAGUAAAUAAAAUACCCAACACAGCUUGUUUCAGGUGCUCCAGGGCUUACUGACAUGGGACGUCGCGCAGACUGUAGUGCAGUGUCAUGGCUCACUGUAGCCUCCCGAUUAGCCAGAACCUCGCGCGCACCACCACGCAAGGCUAAUUAUUUUUCCAAAGACUGGGUCUCCGUGUGUUUCCCAGGCUAGUUUCGAUAUCCUGGCCUCAAUCCCCUCGCCUAUACCUAAUGUUGGUAUUACAGUAGUGAGCCACCACGCCUGGCCACGAUACUGUUGUUGAGGUUUUAGAGUUACAUUUAAGGGGCAAUUUUCGCAGUGUAGUUGGGGAGGAAAGUCAAGCAGUUAUGGGUUUCUGUCGCUGUGAAUCCAACUGCUGAACAUAGCAAGAACUUCUUAUGCAACAACCUUUAAUCAGUGGAUCGUAAAUAAGUUGUUUAUCGGUUUUGGCCCAAUUCUUGAGAAAGGUGAGAAUUUGAAUCCUUGAGUAGAAAUAUGUAGCUUAUCAGUACAACAAAGUGAUCACAACAAAGACUAACUUAUCCUUUGUUACUUAACGUGGGCAGAGCUUUACCGCUGAGAAUUCCUCAGCCUUUGAGUGUUCUCUUAUUUACAAUUGAAGUUGAUAAGAUGGUAUUAAAAGUGAGAUUCCUAGUAAGUAAACUUAAAGGCCUGAAGGACCAGUGAUUAAUGGGAAGUGCUAAUAAGUCAUAUUUGAGGUUAUCCAACCCAAGAUUCUGAUUUAAUUGGUUUAAGGAUACUAUCACCUUGUGGGUUAGAUUUGAAAAAUAAUAAUUGCUUUAAGGAAACAACCUGUUGGUAUUUAAACAAAAAACUUUCCUUCUUGAUUCUUACAUGCUGUCACUUAGACAAAUCUCUGGUCUACAUGGCUGGAUCUCUUUCUGCUAGUUAAAUUCUGUGCUACCCUGUGAAAAAGAACAGAUUAAUAAAACGGUAGUGAGAACACAGGGAAAGAUAAAAAUCAUAGCAAGCCCAUCCAGUCAUGCUGUAGUCAUCCUCACAAGGAUAGGGAAGGAUCUUGUCCUUCAUUUACCACCCAAAGUGUGAGUACAAACUUUAAAAACAUAUGAUACUAUAGGAAUAAUGAAGAUGUCUCCAUUUGCAAAAAUUGUGUGAAAAAAUGCACUUGACACAGGUAUUUCCUAUGAUUUCAUAAUAGACAAAGAUUUAAUUACACAACUCCUGGCUGAAUCUAGAGUACAAAAAUGUGGCUGUUAGAAAAGGUUGCUCUCUGGGCCCGAUGCAGUAGCUCAUGCCUGUAAUCCCAGCACUUUGGGAGGCCAAGGCUGGCAGACAGCUUUAGGCCAGGAGUUGGAGACCAUUCUGGCCUAUGUGUUGAAACCCUGUCUCUACUAGGAAUCCAAAAAAUUAGCCGGGCGUGGUGGCACACACCUGUAAUCCCAGUUACUCGAGAGGCUGAGGCUGAGAAUCGUUUAAACCUGGGACACAGAGGUUCCAGUAAGCCGAGAUCACACCUCUGCCCUCCAGCCUGGGUGACAGAGCAUCACCAAACAAAACAAAACAAAACAAAAAAACAAACAAAAAAAAGAUUGCUCUUACCCAGGGAUGAUGGUCAGAUGCAAUUACAGGUUAUGAAUUUGGCAUAAAAGUAAUGCUAAGUGUUUCACACUGCACUUACUGUUGUCAGUGUUCUAAGUGUUUUUUAUUUACCAAUUCAUUUACACUUGUUUGUCUUUUUUUUCAGGUCUCCAACUCCUGGGCUCAAGCUGUCCUCCCACUUCUGCCUCCCCAAAAGCUGAGAUUACAGGCGUGAGCCACCCGGCCCUACUCAUUUAAUCCUUACAACAACCCUUAGAGCUGGGAACUAUUUUUAUCAUCAUCACAUAAUUGUUUACAAAAAUAAAUAGAGGCUUAGAGAGCAUAUGCACCUCAACCCAAAAUCCCACAAGUAGAAUAUUAUUGUUGUUACAGAUUUGGUUGCAAAUAAUCUGCUUCUUAUGAUUGUGCUUUAAAUUUUUCACCGUGUCACAUCACUUUGGUGGUGUAAAAUUAUAAAACAACAUUUACGUCUUAACUUUAAAAAUGUGUUUUUGGCCCGGUGCGAUGGCUCACGCCCAUAAUCCUAGCACUUGGGGAGGAUGAGGCAGUCAGAUUGCUUAAGGCCAGGACUUUGAGACCAGCCUGGACAACAUGGUGAGGCAAUUUCUCUACUAAAAAUACUCAAAAAUUAUCUGGGCCUGGUGGCCUGCGUAUAUAAUCUCAGCUACUUGGGAGGCUGAGGCACGAAAACCCAGGAGGCAGAGGUUGCAGUGAGCUGAGAUCCUGCCACUGCUCUCCAGCCUGGGUGACAGAGUAAGGCUCUGUCUCAAAAAAAAAAAAAAAAAAAAAAAAAAA